AUGGAGGGCGGACUAUCGUUUCACUCGGGUCUGGUGAGAGCCCAUACCACCUUUGCCGUCUCCCAUACACCACCAAAGUCGCCCUCAAAGCAAACUGCACACGCCCGGAUGACCUCGACCGGGCCGCCUGCCCUCAUGUCGCACCAGAGCUUCCAGAGCACCUACUCGAGCUACUCGCACAGCAGCGCGCGCGACACGCAGAGCACCCAGGCCACGAGCAGCUCGACGCUGUUCAACCCCCCGCCCAGCUUCCCGACGUCGUCGACGCCCGUCAAUGGCGGGCCCAUCGAAGCCUCGGACAAUGUCCUCAACAAGCGGGCCGACAAGGACACCUCGCUGUUCCAGCGCUGCUUGACGCUGCAGAUGCGCCUGCGCUUCAUCCCGGGCUUCAACCGCUGGAUCGCCGAGGAGGAGGGCAAGGCCGACGACGACGCCGACCCCGUCACGCUGCUCUGGCGCACCUUCCGGAGGGGCUACCCGCUGAUGGAGCUGUACAACGCCCUCGAGCCCCGCACCCUCCUGACCAUCCCCAGCUCCAAGCAGGACGAGAAGAGCCUGAAGAAGAACGAGAAGAUGGCCUGCUACAAGUUCAUCCAGAGCUGCGUCACCGAGCUGGGCAUCCCCCAGGACAGCUGCUUCAUCCUCGGCGACCUGUACGGUGACGACACAACCGGAUUUGUCAAAGUCACCAACGUCGUCAACAAAGUGCUCGACGAGCUCGUCGCCCGGGGCAAGAUUGCUGGCGUCACCGAAUCCCUCGACAACGCUGGCGGCGCCGGCACCAAGCGCACCCAGCGCGAGCACAUCAUCGACGAGCUCGUCAAGACGGAGCGUACCUACGUACAGCAUCUGGAGCUGCUGCAGGAGUUCAAGAAGCUGGUAGAAGAAAGGGGCGUCAUUAGUGGUGACCAAGUGCACGAUAUCUUCCUCAACCUGAACGCCCUCCUCGACUUCCAGCGCCGCUUCCUGAUCCGCGUCGAACAAACCAACGCACAGCACCCCGACGAGCAAAACUGGGGUAACUUGUUCGUCUUAUACAAAGAUGCUUUCAAGGUCUACGAGCCGUACAUCGCGAACCAGAAGAAGUGCGAGCAGAUUGCCAUGCGCGAGUUCGACAAGCUCAAGGAGACCGGUGGACCAGCCGAGAUGCGACAGAUGGUCGAAUCGCCGACUUUGCUUGCGUCUUUCCUUUUGAAACCAUUCCAACGACUCACCAAAUACCCGCUACUGCUUCAGCAACUUCGCGACAAGGGCGACCUCGACGAAGGACGACGUGAAGACAUCUCCCGGGGUAUCGCAGCGGCCUCUUCCGUGCUCGCGGGCACCAACGACGCCAUUGCGCGCGAAGAACGUGUCGAAGCAGUAGAAGAGCUCAAGACGCUCGUAGAAGACUGGAAGGGCCACAAGAUUGAAGGUUUUGGUGACCUUCUUCUACACGGCCAGUACACUGUGCUCAAGGGUGAGAGCAUGAGCUCAAAGAACGAAGAGCGAGAAUACAAGAUCUACCUUUUCGAGAUGAUUCUCCUCUGCUGUAAAGAGAUCAAUGUCAACAAGCCAAAGAACAAAAUGUCCACUCGAUCCCUAGUCACCAAAGACGGGAAGCCAAAGUUGCAGCUCAAGGGCCGCAUCUUCAUGCAGAACGUCACAGAGACCAUCUCUCUCCAGAAGCCAGGCUCAUAUACCUGCCAAAUCUUCUGGAAGGGCGACCCGGGAAUCGAGAACUUCAUCAUCAAAUUCACCUCCGAGGAAACCAUGAAGAAAUGGGCUAUGCAGGUCGAUACCCAGCGCCGGAUGUGGAAGGACCAGGCGCGGACAAGCGCCAGCACCACAGCCUCCAGGCCAUCAGAUACUCAGUUCGCAUACAUGCGCGACCAAGUCUUGGAAAACCCAUACCAGGAGGAAGACGAAGAAGACGCUGACGAGGACAUCGAUCCAGUUACAGGCUAUCCCUACUCACGACAGAAUACUGGCACCCCCUCGAUACGUUCGCGAUCAACGACUGGCGAAAGCGGGCCCCCUGAUGGAAACUCAAGGGUACCACCUCCACGUUUUCCUAUGGGCUACAACGGUCAGCCUCCACUAACCCUGCGCACGCAGCAGAUACAGGACGCCGCCAACCAAGAAUCCUAUUUUUCUCCUACGGCUGAGACCCCGAUGCAAACCCCAAUGUCAACUCACUCUAACGCACGAUCAAGCCAGUCAUCUAACGGCACCUUCCCCUUCCCACGUCAAGCACCGCCAAAUGGAUAUUCUCACGAAGAGAACAAUCGUCACACUGCUCCUGCCCAAUCGCGCCACGGAUCCAGGGGGGAGAAUGUUCAUCAACAGAGCCGUGCCCAACGUCCAUCACUUCCGGCCAAUGCCACUCUUUCAGCUCAAGGUAGAUUGCGGGCAGCUAGUAGCCCCGAUAUCAACUCACAUCUCCAAGGACAAACUCGAAGAGCGCCGCCGCCAUCCCAGCCAGUGCCAGAUGUGCCCCCCUUCCCCACACACUAUGCGUACAACGCAGCAAUCGUGAAUCGCAGUAACAGCAACUCGCCCAACAACCCACCGCCGCGCGCUGCAACCCAGUCACCAGCAAUCCAACGAGACCGCCUGAUCCAGCAACGAACCGCCGCGGAGCUCGCCAACGCGAACAAUGAGUUCCACAACACUGCUAUGCGCCGCGAUCCAAACUAUCCGCCAAUGCGCACAAUGACGCCUGCAUCAUCGUUUGAGAGAAGCCAGGGCACUUUGACUCCAGCGUCCAUGGACUCGCGGAACAUGUCGCCUCCCCUUGGUGUAGACCCCAAUAUACCGACACAACUCAAAGUCAAGGUGCAUUGCCCAUCAGCCGGGAGUUCCAUGGUCUUGGUGGUCAGCACAAACAUCAGCUACCAGUCGCUCAAGGACCGCAUUGAUGCAAAACUACAGCGAUCGACGUCUGUAUCACUUGGCUCCGGCCAGGUCAAACUCAAGUAUCUGGAUAGCGAUAACACAUACGUAAGCAUCCAAUGCGAUGACGACGUACAAGAGGCGUUUGAAAACUGGAAAGAACAGCAGAGCAAUCUCAACCCUGGUGGUGGACUAGGCGAGAUUGAACUUUUCUGUCAACGGUAA